AUGGUGAGGAGGCACUUAAGGGCUACGGAGGCGUUGCGGGUGCGGUUGAGGCGGUUCAUGAGGGAUUGGAUGAGGGCGGAGGCGGUGGCGCGUGAGCUCUCUCCGAGGGAAAGGAGCGUGGAGAGAGGGUGUACCGGAGUACAAUCUCAGGAGGACAUUGGCCAAGCUAGUGUCACCGAAAAGCUGCAUAGGCAAACCCCUAUAGGCGUUGUUGAAGGCAGGGUGCCAUGGGCACCACUGGUUAGAGGUCGAACUGAAUACAAGGGAGGCACUGAAGGCGAGGCUACGGGCAUCAUGGGCGUCGUUGAGCAUGGUGGAGGCACUGAUAGCAUCGGCGGGCAAGCCCCCAUAGGCACUUUUGAGGCCGGGGCGCCUGGCAUUCUUGAGCUAGGCUCUACGAGCGCCCUCUAUCAAGGCACCAUGGGCAACCUCAAGCGAGUGGGGUCCCAGUCUGGUAGGGCUGAUUGUGGAUCUAAUCCGAUGCUCCUUAGUGUUAGGCAAGAAUUGACGGUCGUGAGGGAGGCGUCGAUAGGUACUGGGCAUAACCAGGCAGGCACACAGGCAGUUCUAAUGGGUACUAGGCGCAGUCAGGUGGCAUCGCAUGUAGUUGGGUCCUUGUCAUUGGGUGAAGUCAAGUAUGGUGGAGGAGGGCGCUAG